AGCGGCUUUCCUAAGAGUUUUUCUGACCCAGAUCAGUUUGGCAGAGGAGCAGUUGUUUGUGUCACUUUGUUGGCCGAUCUCGGGGAAAGGUGACGGGUGGGGUAGUAAUCUUUUGACGCGUAUAGUCAGAAUGAUGUGUUUGAUUGUAGGCCGAGAUUUAUGUAGCUGCUUUUUUUCUUUCUUUCUUUUUUCCCCACGUUCAACUGUGGUGUUAAUUUGAGAUUUAUGAAUAUGCCAAAUCCUUGAAGGACAUUUAUUCAAAAGUUACAAUUAGCUGGUAUGUGGGCACAUUCGAUGACAGUUCAAGAUUACCAGGAUCUCAUAGAUAGAGGAUGGCGAAGAAGUGGAAAAUAUGUCUACAAACCCAUCAUGAAUCAAACAUGUUGUCCUCAAUAUACAAUAAGAUGCCAAGCUUUGCAUUUUCAGACCUCCAAAUCUCACAAGAAAGUUCUGAAAAAAAUGCUGAAAUUUAUUUCUAAAGGAGAUAUUUCAAAAGUGAUGGGUGGAGAAGAGCCCAUGGAUUCCCAUAUAGAGGAGGUUGUCGCGUGCAGUCAUGAAUACAGAAGUGAAUCUCACGUCAGUCAGGCUGAAUUGACUCCCUUGAGCGUGGACCACGCAGAGGGAGUGGAGGCCGAAGACAAGGACAAAGAACAAAUGAAAGAAGAGGUGAAUGUGAAGAAAAUGGAAUCAGGUUCUCUUCAGAUCCACGUAGCUAAAGACACACCAGUCCCUGGAGAACCAUCACAUUCGACUAAAAUUGUUCAUGCCUUGCCCAAGCCAGGUAAAGGGGCUGAUUUGAGCAAGCCACCCUGUCGAAAAGCAAAGGACAUACGGAAAGAAAGAAAACUGCAAAAACUCCUUCAGAACCAGAUGUGCACGUAUGAAGGCUCUCCACUUCAAGCAGGGGAUCAGGUUUUACUCUUGCAAAGCUCUAAAUCUAAAACGAAUCAACCUAAGACUGUGGAAGACUUCAUUUUUGUCUCUUUACCUGAUGAUGCAGCACACAAGUUAGAGGUGAGGGUGGUGAGAUCAUCUCCACCAAGUUCACAGUUCAAAGCCACAUUUCAGGAGUCUUACCAGGUCUAUAAACGUUACCAGAUGGUUAUUCACAAGGACCCACCUGAUAAACCAACUAUAAAUCAGGUGAGGUUAGUACCCGUCUCCUUUGAGGACCCACAGUUCAAAUCAUCCUUCAGCCAAUCAGCUGCUUUAUUUGCCAAGUAUCAGAUGGCUAUACACAAGGAUACACCUUCUGACUGUGGCGAAAAUGAGUUCACACGAUUCCUCUGCGAUUCUCCGCUUGAGGCAGAAAAUCUACCAAAUGGACCAGAUUGUGGCUAUGGUUCUUUUCACCAGCAGUAUUGGCUAGAUGGGAAGAUAAUUGCUGUAGGUGUAAUCGACAUCCUUCCCUACUGCGUGUCCUCUGUGUAUCUGUACUAUGAUCCAGACUACUCUUUCUUAUCUUUGGGAGUCUACUCGGCAUUACGAGAAAUUGCUUUUACUAGGCAACUCCAUGAAAAAGCUCCUGAUCUCCGUUUUUAUUAUAUGGGUUUCUACAUUCAUUCAUGCCCCAAAAUGAGAUACAAGCUUGUUAUCAACAUCUGCCAGCCAAAGCCAAGAGAAUAUUAACUCUGCAGCAAACCAACUGGUGAAUUGGAAAAUGCUACCUCUGUAAUCUAAAUCUUCUUAAAGAAUAUCCACAUCACCAUCUUGAAUCAUGAGUUCCGAUUACUUGCUCUACUCUUUGGUAAAUAUUAAAAGAUUUGAGAUGAUUCAUUCAUAUUGAGACACUGCAGAUUAACAUCCCUUGUCUAUUCUACAGCCUGUGUAGUUCAAGACUUGUAAAGAGAAUGCAUUCAAUUUACCAGGGCUCUUCAGUACGAAAAGAAAUUAACCUAACUGUAAUGAAAAAAUAUCCCAGUUCUUUAAGAUAUCAUUGCUAAGAAACUUUUGGUUCAGCCAUUUGUUUUAAUAAACUUUGUGUCCUUGAAUUAAACAAAGCUCAUACAUGAGUUAACGUAUUACAGUAGCUAGGAGGCUGUUAAGAUGUGGAGAUUAAAUGCUAUGAAUAUGGAACUUAACUUCAGUAGUCAUUUAUAUUCCUUAUCACAAUGUAGUAUCUCUUCUAUUGAGACUGUACUAUUGUUUGAAAAUCGUGUCACAAAUACAAUUUUGAAGAGAUGCUUCUAAUUUCCACACUCUACUCAUGGAAUUUGAAUGAGGUAUAGUGGGGUUAAUUAAAACUUUUUUGCACGUUCUAAUUCCUUAAACUUGUUCUUCUGCCCUUGCUUAUACCUGAUGCUGCUCUGACAUCACUGUGAUCAGUAUAAUACACAGUUUUCUGGAAACCUGUCCACAUCAACGUACUUAAAUAAUUCAAUAUGGCCCAGUAUGGAGAUAAUUCUAGCAGAGGUGGAGGAAAGGGAGAGGAAAGAAACCGACAUGUACUUAUUCAGAACACAUAAAAUAGCAGGUGAGGGAGUGCUCUCUGUUGGGAGAAUAAUUUUAUUAAAUGUGUUGC